UGGCUAGGUAACAUUCGCUAGCAGGUCACUGUUGCUAGACUGCAAUGGCAAAUGUUAGCCAGCCCACUAGAGUUAGGGCUACGUGAACGCUAACGGAGUCAGGAACGUUGAAGUUAUUGGGAAAUUAUGCUAGUACUCUGAUACAAGUGUUUUAUGGCAUUGUCUGAAUCAUUGUCUACAAUAAGGUUGUGUUCUUUCCACAAAAUGUUUUUGCCUUGAAGUUUACAUGCAAAGCAUCGCCAACAAGCUGUUAACUGGCUAACGUUAGCAAACUAUGAGAAACAGAUUAGCUAACAUUAAUUUAGCCCUAACCAACGCUCGAGAGCUAAUAGGACCCAGGCAUAACCGAAAGAUUUGUGAGGAUGAGUAAAAAGCCUCCCUGUCGGCCAGGAAUCAACUUUGAGGUGGGCGCAAGAGUUGAGGCCCAGGACUAUCUUCAGAAAUGGUACCCUUCUCGCAUUGAGAAGAUUGACUAUGAUGAAGGGAAAAUGCUAGUGCAUUUUGACCGUUGGAGCCACCGUUAUGACGAAUGGAUCUUCUGGGACAGUAACCGCCUAAGGCCUCUUGAGAAGCCAACCCUAAGGAAGGAAGGAUUAAAAGAGGAAGAGGAGAUGUCUGAGAGACUCGGCGAGAUGAGAACAUCUCGCCUACCUGAGCUUCCUGGAUGUACAGAGAGCACAGAGGACCAAACAGAGUUACCACAGCCAAGACAAGAAUUGAGAGAUGGUGAGGAGGUCCUGGCUCGUUGGACCGACUGCCGAUACUAUCCAGCAAAGAUUGAGAAGGUCAACAAAGAGGGUACUUACACAGUCCAAUUUUACGAUGGUGUAAUAAGAUGUGUGAAAAGAAUUCAUAUUAAAUCGAUGCCUGAAGAUGCAAAAGGACAGGACUGGAUUGCACUUGUGAAGGCAGCCACUGCAGCUGCGAAGAGCAAAGGAGGCUGCAGGCCACGCACAAGUGUAAACAGCAACAAGAACAAAGAUGAGCAGAUGUCUGACUGUGAGGAGGAGGAGGAAGAGGAGGAGAUCAACCUGGAGGAAGAGGAGGACCGAGAAUCAGAAAGACCAGACACAGAGUCGGCAGGAGAGGAUGACUGCAAGUCCCAAUCUGAUCACCAAGAGAUGGGCAACGCCAAGAAAAGGAGAAGACAGGGCAGUGUCUGUAAUUCCAAGAGGCUUCGUCUACAGCCAGCAGGAGGCAGUGAAGAGGAGAUGGACUGUAAGGAGGAGCCAAAGGACGUGCCAGUCACAACUCAGCAGAGGAUUGUGGACUCCGAGGCUUCCACUGUAGACAGCAGAGCUGCAGUUUUCCCGGCUGUGCAGGGCACCCCAUCCCCUGUCCGAUUGCGUAACCGGCGGCUCAAGCAUGACUCUGGAGAAUCCAGCAGCAGCCAGAGGCAAGGGGCAGAGGAGGGUGAGGCCAGCUGUUCCCCAGCCUCCAGCCACAGUUUCACUGAUGCUCCUCAAACAGUCUUGAUAGGUGCACAGGCAGCUGCCUCAUCCAGCUCACCUCAGAGAAGACGACGAUCUCAGAGGCUUGCCACCAACUUUGACCCAAUAUGUCCUCCUUCACCCGCACCCAAAGACACUAGUCCGCACUCAAACACAGAUCUUCCACAGCCUAACGAGAAAGACAUGGAAAACUUUGAGAAAAGAACGGAAUCUCCUCACAACACCUUGCCUGUGCUUCCUGCUACACCACCUUCCGUACCUCCAUCCUUUGGCUCAUCACCAAGUCCAUUAACUGAGAAGUUGGUUGAUGGACAAGUGACUAAUCACGUUCUGCUGGAAGAGAAAUCUCCACCUUUGGUGACAGCCGUUGCUCCCAAGGCUGCUGUGAGAACACCCAAGGCAAAUAAGCAUGCAAGGGAACCAAUCAUGAGCACCAAGCGAUCAGAGGACCCUACAUCUCUGAAUGAGUGCAUCGAUCUGGACCAUAACAAAUUCAAGUGUAAAAUUCCUGGUUGCUCCAAGGCCUUUCGGAAAGCCAAGCUUCUGGACUACCAUCUUAAGUACUACCACAAUACAGACAAGGAGCAGGAGGCGGAGGUUGGAUCCCCAGACAGAGUUGGCCGCACCAGGGCCACCUCCGCCUCCAUGCCCACCAGCACUCCCCUGGAGGUCCCUGAUAACAAGAGACGCAGGACCGUCUCCACCUCCUCUUCCCUCUCCUCCCAUAGCCACAGUCUGCAGCUGGACUACGCCGGGAACUGUUUGAGGCCUCCGAAGUUCUGCAAGAAAAAGCGCUCGUCAGCCUCGGUUAGCUCUGACAGCACUGAGGUGUCUUUGCCUCCACCACCGCGGGAAAAAGCUUUCGAGAGCCUCCAUGACAAGAUCCUCAAGAAGGUCAUUGAGAAGGACACGGGACUUUGCAUAAAGACAGAAAAGAAGUGCCAGUUGAUCGGCAGAAAGAAAGAGAAGGACAAAGACCGCAAGGACAGAAAAGAAAAGGACCCCUUUAAGUUAAAACAGAAGAAGAAGAAAAAGAAGAAGAAGAAAUCCAAACAGCAUGGUUACUCUGAGCUAGAGGACCUGGCUUUCCUGGAGCGGUCGUCUCCGUCUAAUUUCCACCGUUCCGCUGGCAGCGCCUUUACCCUUCAUACAUCCUCCUCCUCUUCUGCCUCCUCCAAACAUAACUACCCCCGCGCCAUCCUGUCCAUCGACCUCACUGGGGAAAACCUCUCGGACAUUGACUUCCUGGAGGACUCGACCACAGAGUCACUGCUACUAAGUGGAGAUGAGUACAAUCAGGACCUGGAGUCGUUGGCUAUGGACGACUUCCCUGACGAGGACGAGACGGCAGCUAAUGAGAUCGUGCGCUGCAUCUGUGAGAUGGAUGAGGAGAACGGCUUCAUGAUCCAGUGUGAGGAGUGCAUGUGCUGGCAGCACAGCGUAUGUAUGGGUCUGCUGGAGGACAGCAUCCCUGACCAGUACAUCUGCUACAUCUGCAGAGAUCCCCCAGGGCAGAGAUGGAGUGCCAAGUACUGCCACGACAAAGACUGGCUAAAUAAGGGCCACAUGUACGGCCUGUCGUUCCUCACUGAGAACUACUCCCACCAGAAUGCCAAGAAGAUCAUGUCCACCCAUCAGCUGUUGGCCGACGUCUACAGUGUCAGGAAAGUGCUGCACGGCCUGCAGCUGAAGAUGGACAUUCUCCAGAACAAGCACAAUCCCAGCCUGCACUUGUGGGCGCGCUCGUGGGUGAACUCGGACGAGGAGCAGCCCAUGGGUGGGGCGCCCGACUGCAUCCAUCUCAGAGAGCAUCUCAAUCAGAGCGCCCUCCCCGAGACAUACAUCACCAGCGAGCACAGCUACCAGAAGCCUCCAAAUGCACACGAGAGAGCGGGAGAGCCGGGAGCACAGCCAGCGGCCAACGCCCCUCAAUGCGUACCAAAGGAGGAGGAGGACACUGGUGCCAUAUGCCUGGCCAGCUGUGUUACGGAGAGCUACGCAGGGUCAGCUGAUCAGGCCCGCAACUGCCUACAGUGGCAGAUGAACCUGCUCACGCACAUCGAGGACGUGCAGAACCAGGUGGCUGGCAGGAUGGACCUGAUCGAGAAGGAGCUGGAUGUUCUGGAGAGCUGGUUGGAUUUCACCGGUGAAUUGGAGCCCCCAGACCCACUGGGUCGCCUGCCUCAGCUGAAGUGCCGAAUCAAGCAGCUCCUCACUGACCUGGCCAAGGUCCAGCAGAUGAGCACCCUGUGUUCGGUGUGACACAGUCACCGGGCUUCGACACAUCCACGAACAUGCUUGCACACACACUGUGACCGCACAUGCACCAUUGCACAGCCUGCUGGAGAGGCCUUGGUCUCCUUGAAGUGUCAGACAUUAGAGCCUCUCCCCUCCCCUCUCCAUCCCCUCCCCUCUCUCUUCAAGCAAUUCUGACCUUGGACCUACCUCUCCUGGAAUGAAUGUUGAAGAACUUCAGAAGUCUGUCAGAGGAGGAGGAGGAAGUGCGACUGGAGCUGGCGUAAGAGAGCAGCAGAGUUGCUCUUGCGUUGUCAGGUGCACUUAAAGGGAAGAUCUAAUCUCUCGCACACAAACACACACAUUUCAGCCCCCCCAUGCUGGAGAACCCUUGUCCCCAUUGACUUUCAGUGUCCACUGAGCAAAAGGAAUGCCGUCGGAAACUUAACUUGUAGCAAAAGCUGGGGAUCAAAGCUGGUUCAGAUGAGUACGUAAGUGUGUGUGGUGCUGGCAUGCCAAACUGCACUGUGUACUUAAAAUUACUCCAAGGGUUGAGAGGAACUCAAUCUUGGCUUGAGCAGUCUUUUCCGAAGACUUAAACCAGUUAAUGAUUGUGCAUCUGGUCAUUCAAGAAGACUGAAUGACUACAUGUCUUGUGCCAAGUGAACAGUGGGCUCAACGUCUACAACAGCAGUACUCCCGAGCUGUCAUAGGAAGUUUGACGGGAAGCUAAUACAUAGGAUCUGAGUAUGUGUGCAGCGCAUGCCUAUCUAGUGGUUACCCUCCGACCUCUCGUUUCAAAUAGCUAGAUGUAAUGCCGACGGCGGCAGCUGUUGUGACAGCUGACUGCUAGCACCGUAGAUCCUCUGCCUACGAAAAGACAAGCCAGCCCUGGAGGAAAGAUCCCCCUCACACCCUGUUCACCCCCCGUAACAGCACAGUAAGCUAGGUCCUCACUGGACACAAAUAAAAUGCUUUGAUGGGAAAAUGUUUAUAGUUUUGGGUGGGAAAAUGUAUGUACAGCUUUUUUUUGUAACUGUAUACAUACGGAAGGAUGCAAAAGGCACGAGGACAAAAAUAUACUUGAAAAAAAAAUGCCCAUAUGUAUUCAGAAUUUCUAUUAAUCUGUAUAAAAGUGUUUUAGAAUUUAGUAAGCUGUUUGACUUCAAAGUUGUUUUUCAUUGAAAUGUAACAGUUGUAUAUAAAGAGUUUAUUUAAAACUUGGUGUGACAAACCUAACCUAUAACCUCAUUAAAAGUAUUCUGAUAUUUA